AAAGAACCGAAUCAGUAAAAUGAUCCGAACUUCCCAUCACUAGUCUUCCGUUCUCUGAUUGGACGAAAGCUCACUUUCCGUUUCAGUUCCAACGAAAAACGCAGCACUGGGAUCUCUGGGACUAUUGGAGAGAAAGACCGCGGAACAUUAAAAGCCUGCAGCAUGGCCCUGUGACUAUUCUAUCAGCUUUGUAUCCACGCAACACUGUCAAGAGCUUACUGCUGCAAGGAAAAACAUACACUCAGACGAAUGAUGGAGGUUCAAGACGUCGUGGCAAACAAAGAUGUGGCAAUGAUGAUUUUACAGAAGAAGAUACAGUCUGCAAAAACCCCCGAGGAGAAAGAGCAAUUUGAGAAGCAAAUGUUUGAGCUCCAUCAGGGCAGAGAGAUGGUCAUAAAAUCUAUGAAGCAAGUUGUGGAAAAGUGCACAGACUCUGACGAAGCUAUGCAGGAGAUCUUACAUGGGAGAAGCCAAGCCUAUGCGAGCAGGGAGUAUAAGGAGGUUGUCGAGCACUACAGAGAGAAGUGCUUCGACUGGCACGAGGCAAAGUACCAGUCCAGCAUGGACCAUCUGUACCUCUUCGCUAACCUGCUCGACAAGAAAGUGUCAGUGGAACGAAUUAAAAAUGCAAUUGAUGAAGUGGGUGCGGCCAUGAGAGCCGAAAAGGAAAAGGAAAGCACGAUGGGUCAGUAACAAGAAAACAAACGGCAAAAAAAGAGAAAGAAAUGGAUACCGAGAGCAAAAAUGGAGAAGUGGGAGAACAUAGAAGAUAGCUACACCAAGAAUCAAUAAAUUGGUCAAGAGAGUCUAAAGAAAGAUAUAUUUUCCAGACUGCUAUUUCAGUAUAACUACCCUUAUAUACAUAUUAUUUUAUCACUACUUGUGAACUGAGUGGGCUUUUCUGAUUGAUUACUUUAUUUACCACUGCUUUUGCUUGAAAGUCUGGAUUGAUGGAGCGAUGGAGACCCCCGGCUGAUCACGCUGACCUUUUGCUAUAUGCUCGUCCUAAUGAUCCGAGAUGUCCUGUAGUCUUCUGUCUUCUUGUUGGUCUUCUGACGUUUGUAUUUUUAACUUUGAUUUACUUUAAUCAUUUGAAUCAUCCGAAUCUUUUUUAAUGACUCAUGGUCAUGUGACACAAUUACGCAAAUUUAGCAGUGUAGAGCAUUACAGAUACAGCUGUGCUACUGUGGAUCAUAAUUCAGAGAAAAUACUGGAAAUAUUUCAAUAAAUAAAUCAUAAUAAAGAAAGAUUAUUUUAA